AUGUUAUAUCAAUCGGGAAAAUUAAUAUGUAUUGGGACUAAUUCAGUUGAUAACGGUAGAAUAGCCAUAAGAAGAUUUGCGCGUAUGAUUCAAAAGCUCGGUUUUGAUGUCCAACUAAACAAUGUUACGGUAACUAAUAUGGUGGCUACUUUUGCACUUAACCGAUCAAUAAAUCUGGCGGACUAUGGAUCAUUUAUUGGUAUUCGGGCCUAUUAUCAACCUCAGAGGUUUCCAUUAUUGAUCAUUAACUACGGUGACAAGAAAAAAGCAAACAUCUCCCGUACGGGUCAAGGGUCCAAAGGUCAAUCAGCACCUUUAUCUACUACUCAUAAUCAACAAAAGCAUUCAUCCAAACAUAAUAGUGACCAGUUUCGUGUGAUUGUAUUAAACUAUAUAUAA